CCAAGUUUUCCGAGAGCAGUCGGAAAAUUCAAAGUGCUCGCACUCGAAACGGAUCGAAAUAUUGGACACACGACACGAAAAGUGGAAGAAAGCAGGCUGAAAAAUGCUCUGCCCGGGGGAAAAUGUAAAUUGCCAAACGGGUUUCACAGUCAAGGUCGUCGCUUCCGCCCAACGACGCUUUAAACGGUUAUCACCGCCCACUAAUUUCAGCGACCAUCUAUUACUCACUUAUUUUAUAGUGAUUAUGAUUAUUAUGUCGUCUUCGCUGGAUGCCCUGGUCAUUGACAAUGAUGAUGGAAUAAUCACGAGCAACCACACGCGGCAACGUCGCUCGACCUCCGCGCCUGCAUCUCCGGCCAGUUGCAUGCAAGAUGCCCGCUUCUACCGCAAUCCCAACCGACCAGUCCACAAGAUCUGGACGAACAGCGAGUGCGCCAAGUAUUUCCUCUGCCUCGACGGCGAGGUGUUCGAGUUCAAGUGCUCCGAGGGCCUGCUCUUCGAUGUCGUCCGUCAGAUCUGCGACUUCAAGGCGAAUGUGGAUAACUGCGAUGUGAGCGCGGAGGUGCCGGCUCCAAAGCCUCUCCUCGAGAUGGCCGACUGUGCGGAUGAUUACCAGUUGGGCUGCGCCGAUGGCACCUGCCUGCCGCAGGAGUAUUUCUGCGACGGAUCCGUGGACUGUCCCGAUGGCUCGGAUGAGGGUUGGUGCGAUGUGGAGCACGAUCCAAAUGCGGCAGGUGCCUGUGAUCCCCGCAAGUGCCAGCUGCCCCAGUGCUUCUGCUCCAAGGAUGGCACCCAGAUACCCGGCGGCAUUCCCGCCCAGAGCGUUCCGCAGAUGAUACUGCUCACCUUCGACGAUGCCAUCAAUCACGACAACUGGGAGCUCUUCUCGAAGGUUCUGUUCACACAGAACAGGCGGAAUCCCAACGGCUGUCCCAUCAGGGGCACCUUCUAUGUCUCCCACCCGUUCACAAACUAUCAGUAUGUCCAGAAGCUGUGGAACGAUGGGCAUGAAAUCGCCGUGCACUCAGUCACUCACCGUGGACCCGAGAUGUGGUGGUCCAAGAACGCCACCAUCGAGGAUUGGUUCGAUGAGAUGGUGGGCCAGGCGAAUAUCAUCAACAAGUUUGCUGCCGUUCGCAUGGAGGAGAUCCGGGGCAUGAGGGUUCCCUUCCUGCGCGUCGGCUGGAAUCGCCAGUUCCUGAUGAUGAAGGAGUUUGGCUUCGUGUACGAUUCCUCCAUGGUGGCACCGCACUCCAAUCCGCCCCUUUGGCCCUACACUUUGGACUACAAGAUGCCGCACAGCUGCACGGGCGUCAAUCAGAACUGUCCAUCGAGGAGUUAUCCGGGCAUCUGGGAACUGGUGAUGAACCAACUGGAGGCGGGUGAAUAUAUGUGCGGCAUGGUGGACAGUUGUCCGCCGCAUUUGAGUGGCGAGGAUGUCUACCGAAUGCUGACGCACAACUUCAAGAGGCACUAUCUCAGCAAUAGGGCGCCAUUUGGCCUGUAUUUCCACUCCACUUGGUUCAAGAAGAUUGACUAUCUGAAUGCCUUUCUGAAAUUCCUCGACGAUCUGCAAAAGCUGCCGGAUGUGCACUUUGUGACCAAUCAGCAGGCCAUCCAGUGGAUGCGCCAUCCCACGCCCAGCAAUCAGCUGCAUCAGUUUGAGUCCUGGCACUGCCAACCGAAGGAUCUGGAUCCUCACGAGCGGGUCUGCAAUCUGCCAAAUGUUUGCAAGGUGCGGAGUCGGGUGCUGCAGGAGGAUCGCUUCUUCUACACCUGCAUGGAGUGUCCUGCCCAGUAUCCCUGGAUUCGCAACGAGUUCGGCUUGGACUAAGGUGAUAGCCCGCAUAACAUUAGA